AUGCCACCGACAUUUAUAGAAGAAUAUCUUAAUUUACUUUUGCACUUAUUGAAACGACCUCAAGGCCAACUUUCUGAAGAAGUACAAUACCAGGCUGUCAAAUGUGUUUCGGCUAUUUUACCCAAGAAGUAUAAAUAUGACCCAACUAAAUAUCCUCUCGAAAGUUACAAGUUCCUGACAAUCGCAUCCGAAUGUAUCACCUUAUUUUUGGAAAUCAUUCAAAGCGCACCCUAUAUCCAACUACGACUCGAGACUCUCGAUGUGUUAUCUCAAAUUUUGCAUGCGAAUAUAGAACGAGUGGAUACACUGGCAGUCCUUUUACCCGGAAUUGUAUCAAAAUUAUGCAAAACUAUAUCCCAGAAAGCCGAGAAGGAAAACCACAAAGUAAUCUGUAGUAGCCUAAGAGUGCUAGGAGAUCUGAUUCAAACAGUCUUAUGUGAUUCAUUUAAUGAUACACUGGUAGAUUUAACAUCAUUCGAGGAUAAAUUGCUUUCGAACUGUGCUCGUACAUUAGAUAACUGUAUUCAACCGCUUGUGGAAAUCAUGGUCCUUCACAUGGACGAUGCUUACGACGAAGUUUCCAAAGACUGUAAAAACAGAAUGCAGAUCUUGAUCGCAAAUCCUACCUUCAAAGACACAAUUAUGCCUGUUUUAAAAGACGAUUUAUAUGAAUGGAUGAUGAAAUUUCCCCAGUAUGUGAUCUCAAAAGAUGAGGGUGAAAAGGUAAAUGCCAUGUCUCUCAUCACAGGUUUAAUCCUCCUUUUGAAAGAUCAAUCGUCAAGCGUUCUAUCAACUGUUCUUGGCCGAUCUUCUGAUGGUUGGAUGACAGCGUUAGAGGUUGAUAAGGACAGCUUACAUAUACUGGAACAGAAGAAAGCGGAUACCUUUAUCGAGUUAGACUCUGAGGGGACAAAAGUGACACCUAUAUUCCCGAAAAUCCGGUUUAAGCACUUAGUAACAGACGUGACGAAUACAAAAAUUACAAGAGUGAUGAAUGUGAUUGGAAAAUAUUGCGAUUUGAAAAGCUGGAUUCAACAUUAUAUGAGAUAUUUAUCAGUGGACAAUCAGGCAUCGAACGAUCCACAGGCUGUGUACAUCAUACAUUCGUUGUUAUCAGGUGCCUUUGCUUUGGAUCUCGAUACAGAAAUGGAUAUAGAUCAAUGGAUCAAGAACACAGACGAUACCAGCGAAAUUACGGAUGCCAAAACACAACUAACAAUGAUCACAUUGAAUGUUCUGGAAGAUAUAAUGGACAUACUAAAAAAUGCAACCUUGACAAACAGAAUCACCACCGCGUUAACUAAGAACGCCUUUGAUUUAGAUAAAGAAAGUGGAAAUAUCUUAACUGUGUGUUUCGGAUUACAGAUUGUAGGAUUGGCUGCAUCUAUUUUGGAACAAGAAUACUUGGAAGACCAGCUGAUUACUGUUCUAUAUCCUUUAUUGGCACACCUAGGAUCAUCCAACGUGUUUAUUCAUACAUAUGCAUUAAUCACUUUGGACUCCAUAGCACUGAUUUGUGGUUUGGAUAGUGCCCAAGAACUUGCCAUUCAAAACAUUGACUACAUCAUUAAUGCGAUUUCUCAGCACAUCUCUGUUCUUAGUGAAAACGCACGAGUUCCAUUGGUACUGAAAGCUCUAAUUCAUGUUGGUGGACAUGACAGUCUCUUUUAUUUGGAUGACUCAGUCUUGGAAAUAUACGACGCUUUAGAACGCUACAGCACAAACGAUUGGCUAUGUAUACAGCUUUGUAGCGUACUUUUCGAAAUUAUUAAGACUAUGGAAAGGAAUUUGCCCAAAGACACGACAACUUCAAUUAGUCAAGACGAAUCCAAAAAAGAACUAAAAAGAAUUGUUUCUCCAGAAAUUGAAGCAUUCAUUGAAAAGAAACAAGACAUGUUUGGAAAUGAGGAUAAAGAACACGAAACAAUGGAAGAAAUCGGAAAAUACUUUUUGGGCAGACAAGAAAAAGGACAGCAUGAUGAAGUAACAUUAGAACAGGCCAUUAAGGAU